AUGGAUGAUCCAAACGAUUCGGUCGGUAACUGCGAAAGAAGUCUCGGCCAAAUGUCCUUCCUUCCCCCCGUCAACUUUAUUCCACGCUUUCGGCCUAUAACUAGGAAUCCGGAACAUGAGCGGAUUUGGAAACAAGGAGAUGCGGUAAUAGAAAGCUUUCAAAGAAUGGUUACUAAGUACGACGAGUCCGCCGACCGGCGCCUUGAGAACUUUCGAGCAAAUCACGUCAAGUUCACAAUCGACGAGCUGACCCGGAAUGAAGCGACCUUGAACCAUCUAGUGUCGAACCUCCUGCCUAUGUUACGGUCUCAAAUCAUCAGGCUAUUGAAAUCACUAAACCCAUUUGGCUUGCAGCAAGAACCAGAGUCAAAAAUCCGGCUCAUCUCUCAGAACCGAUUAAACGUUGAAAAAACUAUAGACAUAUUGAGAGCUUGGAUCGUUAAGGUCUGUCCAGGCCGCUUGGUUAAACCAUACCCAUCCAGUGACCAUCACUACAAACGAUCAAAAUCAUUCAGACUUUUUACCUUGAAAAAGUAUAUUUUUGAGGCCUCGCUAGACAUUGGUCGAAGCUGUCGUGUAGCCUCCGAGCUCCUCCACCACGCGAAAUGCUCGGCAGAUGCACAUAGCCAGCAGACGAAAAAAACGUAUUAUCAGGGGCUAUUGGCAGCCAAGAGGGCAGUUGGGUCGAUCCACGCGGCUAUCGAAUGUAUCAAAGGAUCUGAAUUAGAUGUCGCUGAGAAGAGUUGGCAAUCGCGCUUGACGGGUAUUGACUACAGCAUGCGAAUCAUCAUGUGCUUAAUCACGCCUGCAACUAAUUCUAGUCGCCGUAGGAAAAAAUUUGGCGAUGAAUCAGCGGAUAGGAUUGGCGACUACAUCAUUAACGACAGUCUGCGUUCAUCAGCCGCCGCUCUCAAAGCUCGUUUCGAUGCUCCUAUGGUUCUCCUACUCCUUUAUCUCAUUCCUCUGAUCCCCGAUAUCGCCACUCAAAAUGAUUACAGAGAUUGGUUGCUUACUUGGAACACUCAGCGCAAUUUAGCCUGCGAGAACUACAUCGAUAUCUCCAGGUCAUUAAUCGACCGCGAGUCUGACGGCCACGAGUCCGACGACCACGAGUCCGACAGCUACCACUCCUCCGAUUCCUACGAGUCCGACUACCGCUUCUAA